AAUUGUUCUCAUGUUGAGUUCUAUUGAAUAACCUGCUUGUAAGCAAUCACUAAUAUUAUAUUUAUCAGCAAGCAAAAUCAGAAGUUUGACAUAUUAAAAAAGAUAAUAAGUUUGAAAAAUUUCAAAAGAAUCACUGAAGAUUAAAAGUGAAUUUUCAACAUCAACUUAUCAAUAGAAAAAUCAUCAACAAUUAUAACUGAAUAAAACUGUUAUAAACUUUCACAGUAUUUUGAAAUAAAUAGCUUAUCUAUCAUUUGUUGUAAAGGAUCUCUCAACAUAAAGAUAUAUACACAAUAACACACACAAAUAUAUAUAAAUUGUUCACUUGUAUCCCAAUACCGCUUAAUGCCUCAGCUAUCUGAAAUAAUGGCCAAUAAAGAAAACACAGAAAAUCACAUCUCAUCUCGAAUGGAACAAAUUCACAUAAAUGACAAUAACAGUGAUCAGAGCUGGAAAUCUAAAUUAAAGAUACCAGCUAAAGACCACCGAUACAAAACUACAGAUGUCACAGACACAAAAGGCAAUGAGUUUGAAGAUUAUUGUUUGCGUCGUCCACUUCUUAUGGGUAUUUUUGAAAAAGGUUGGGAAAAGCCCAGUCCAAUUCAGGAAGCCAGCAUACCAAUUGCCCUGGCUGGUCGAGAUAUUCUUGCACGAGCUAAAAAUGGAACUGGGAAAACAGGAGCUUACACUAUCCCCAUAUUAGAACGCAUUGACCCAGAGAAGAAUGCUUUACAAGCUCUGAUCAUUGUCCCAACGCGAGAGCUAGCUUUGCAGACAAGUCAGAUAUGCAUUGAACUUGGGAAACAUUUAAAUGUCAAGGUCAUGGUGACAACCGGAGGUACUAACCUUAAAGAUGACAUUGUCAGAUUGUAUGAUCCUGUGCAUAUAAUAGUGGCCACUCCUGGUAGGAUAGUGGAUCUUAUGAACAAAGAUUUAGUGAAAACCACAAGUUGUAAGAUACUGGUACUAGAUGAGGCUGACAAGUUGUUGUCUCAAGACUUUAAAGGCAUGCUUGAUAGCAUUAUCAGUUUUCUUCCUAGAGAGCCUCAAAUACUUCUUUAUUCAGCCACCUUUCCCCUCACCGUCGAGGAGUUCAUGAAAAAGCACCUCAACAAUCCUUAUGAGAUCAACUUGAUGGACGAGUUGACAUUGAAGGGUGUAACUCAAUACUAUGCAUUCGUUCAAGAACGACAGAAAGUCCAUUGUCUCAAUACACUCUUUUCUAAGCUACAGAUCAAUCAAUCUAUUAUUUUCUGCAACUCCACUCAGAGGGUGGAACUUCUAGCAAAGAAGAUCACUGAAUUAGGUUGUUACUCGUGCUUCUACAUACACGCUCGCAUGGAUCAACAGCAUCGCAACAGGGUCUUCCACGACUUCAGACAGGGUCUCGGUAGAAAUCUUGUCUGCUCUGAUUUGUUCACUAGGGGUAUCGAUAUACAGGCAGUAAAUGUGGUGAUCAACUUUGACUUUCCGAAGCAUGCAGAGACCUACCUGCACAGGAUUGGUCGGUCGGGCAGGUAUGGUCAUCUGGGUAUUGCCAUCAACCUCAUUACCUAUGACGACAGAUUCUCCCUGCACAAAAUCGAGCAAGAGUUAGCGACGGAGAUCAAACCCAUCCCGAAGGUCAUCAAUAAGGAGCUCUACGUUGCAGAGUUCUCACCUGAAAACAUUGAGGAACAGCAACAGAACGGGGGCGGUGGGGAAUCGAAGAUCCACAACAACAGCAACAACAUGAACAGUAGUGGCAACGUUAAUAAUAAUAAUAAUAAUAAUAACAUCAGUAACACUACUAGCAGCAAUAAUAAUAAUAAGUAACAUUUUAAAAGUUAAUAUGAAUAACGAUGAAGAUGACUGCAGCAGUCACGAUAAUGAUUGCCCUAUCUAUUAUACGUGAUGAAAUAAAUUGUUAUUAAGUUGAAGUCGUAACAAUAAUAGCGCUACCAACCAU